ACAAUACCAUCCUUGGGAAGUUGCUCAGGGCUCAGGAACGGGGCAAGGGCUUGCCCUCAGAAUACUCGGCCUUCUUGACACGCUGCUUCAUCUGUCGUGUUCGAUGUUUGCUGGACAGCACCUCUGGCUUUCUGACUAUGCAGUUCCAAGGAAAACUAAAAUUCCUGUUUGGACAGAAGAAGAAGGCGCCAUCAGGAACAGCCCUGCCCCCUCGGCUCUCGUUGUUUUGCAUUGUGGUGCCAGUCCUGCCUUCUGUGGCUGAGAUGAAAGUGAAAAGUGCAUUCUUGAGGGCGAAGCACAGGGCAGACAUUGUGGUUACAGUGGACUCAAGGGUAAAAGCUGUUACAAGUCUGUGUGAAUCAGAAUUGCAUCCCAAACCCAAUUACUUAGCAGGAAAGAGCAAUGGAGAAAAUGGCAUUUCACUGUUCAGGGGACAAAUAGAUAAGAGCCACUGGGCCCGGGCCCUAGCCAGGCCUUCAUGUCUGUGCCUCAGAGGUGGUCCUGAUCUCCUCCUGGACCCCAGGGGGGCUUCAGGGGACAAAGAAGAAGAGGACCAGAAGCAUGUACUAAGGAGAUCCACUGGUGCCAGGGGUCAGAGGGAGAUGCACAAGUACAAUUAUGGCUUGGAAACACCAGCACACUUGAGGCACCUGAACUGGAGCACAGAACAGAGAAGUCAGGAGGUCACCACCAAGCUGACUCGGCAGCCCAGUAAGAAUGAGCCAUCCACAUGCCAAAUGCCCCAUGGUUCCUGUAUGCCCUAUCAUGGAAGCCAGGGCAUGUUCAGUGCCAGCAGUAUGGCUUCUUUCAAAGAUUUACCAGAUCAUCCCACUGGUGCCUACUGCAGCCAAAUGAAUAGACCCUUGCAAGAUAUCCACCAGGGCCAGGUACAUCCUUCCACCUGUCAUAUCCCCCAAGGCAGCCUGGGAUCCAGGAUCCCUCUGCCUGGAAUGCAGCGCUUCACAGCCAGGGGAUUUUCUACAGAGGAUGCAAAAUUGUCCAGCCUGCCAGUCACCAUAGACACCCCAUGCAAUCCAGUAUUGUCACUGGAAGUGCCAAUCAAGAUGGAAAAUGAAUCUGGGUCCCAGGAUAUAGUUGAUGCCAGCACAACUAGUCGGGUAUGGCUGGGAGCUAGCCAGCUUGCCAGGAGACAUCUGGUCAGUUUCCCUGCCAGGAUGCACCUGAAAACAGAGCCCGACUAUAGGCAACAGGUCUGUACCCCACACCUUGGGCAUGGUAUGCUGGUAACUAAUGCCCACAGCAGAGAUACUGUUGGAUCCUGCAGGGAACAAGCUCCUCUCCAUCCUGCACAUUGCACCUGCCUGGAUCCAGAGCCUCCUCAUCACCUCUUCAUGCGGGGCCACAGUGAGAGCCAACAUCCCUCUUUGGUCCAAGACUGCAGUGCUCCUAUUGUUAAGAGUGAACCCCUGGAUUCGCCAUCUUGGGCUGGUCCUGGCCAGGUGGCUGUGCCUAGGAUGUUCCCUAAGAGUACCUCUAUAACUGUGAUCCCACCCAAAGGCUCUGAUGGGAUUUUCCUACCCUAGAGCUAGCUGCUUCUCUGCUGGAAAUCUCAGUCCUUGGGUGAUGGGAUGUGAUCAGAGAUGCUUCUUGUAACACUUUACAGAACUCAGUGAGUGAUUCUGACAUUUCCUGUGUGUAGAUGAGCAAUAGAGCAUCCUGAAUCAUAUAGAAUAUCAGAGGAUUCCCAUGCAUAAACCUAAGUCUGUUCAAGUGGACAGUAUUUCUCUUUGAAAUUAAAGAGUUUAAGGAAGUAGCAUAUAGUAUUCUAUGCCAGGCAAACAUGAUGUGUCAAAGUGAUGUGUCCCUGAUGCCCAAUCUUGCUACAUCCCCUGCCUGUAUGCAACAGGAGUUCUGAGGAGAUCUGAAGCCACACUUUGCAUUGUGGUAGUCAUGGAAACAUUCCAUCCCAUUUGGUAUUUUCCGUGGAUUUCUGAUUAUGGUUUAUAUACCUGAGUCCCUGUGCACAACACACAGUGAACGUUAUAGAGUCCAGGCCAGGAACGAGGGAAACACAGCAUACAGAAAAGGGUGAAGCUAUACUGUUGAGGAGGCAUUGUCCCUGCCUGUUGUCCACAUGGCUUUCAGGUAAAAGCAACAGUUCCUAGCCUAGGGAAACUUGGGGGCAGAAAGGCAGCCAGUAUUUGUUUUGAAUUGUAAAGGCAAUGCACUCUGAUUAUAGGAAAUGUGGAUAUUAACUAUAAAACAAAAAGGAAGUUUACCACGAACCAUUGGCAAACUUAUGGCUGGUGGAGAAGUUGAGAGUGUUACAGGGAAGGGCUGAGACCACAAAUCCUGCUCCAUUAGCACAGGGUCCUCUGAACGGGAAAAAGCCUGCUGUGCUCUGCUUGCCUGUAUGGUACAAAUAGUCUUCCUUGGGGAUGAGCAUCCACCUCUGAUGAUACUUCCCCUGAGAUCUUAGGAAUUCUUGCUUAGGAGCUUUCUGGAGCCCAUAGUUAAUUCUACUAGGUAGUCUCUUCAAUACAGACUCUCCCCUUUAUCUGUGGUCCCAGGAUAUCAUUGCUCAGCCACUGUCUUAGUGAAGUAGGUGUCUGGAAAAUACCUAUCGCCUUGUUGGAAUCAGGUUGGGUUGGCAGGACCAGGUCCUCUGCUCUGCUUUUGAGUUGUCUGGCUCUCAAGAUGACACUAUGGGACAGGGAUACCAGUGAAGACCUAGAACUGAGAAAACCCACUAUGAGAGCCUGUGGAUUUAUGUUCUCUCUGUCCCUCAGUCCACAGAGGAUUUUCAAAGGGGGCAAGACAGGAGCUGUGCUGUCAUAGAUGUGAGGCAUACUCAUUACCUCCAUUACCUAAAGCCUGAAGUCAGAAUGGUGUCUCAGCUCUGCACCCUGUGCCCAGCCACCUGUCUUCCUCCUUUCCUCAAAUUGCCUCAGUCCCACUUUACGCAUUUAUGCCAAGCAUAGCUUACCCUAUGAGUAUUAAUGGAUUGCAACUGGGAGAAUCUGAGUCUUCCUCACCACAUCCAAUUCUAACCACAUGCCCAGCUCCCAAGGACAGGACAUGUUCAAACCACUCAUGUGUCUGACAUUCUAGUGUUUCUCUCUGAAAGUGAUUAGCUAUGUUCCUAUCCUCAACCAGACUCAGCACCCUACAUGCUUCCUAUGCAAGGAGCAGAGAACACGUUAGACUGUUAUGCUCCAAUGUAUACGACAUUUCUCAAGCAUCCUGGAGCCAGUAGAAGAAACCUGAGAAAAGAGUCCAAAAAGAGGGAAUUCAGAGACAUAUGUAGGCAUAGUGGUGUGUGCUACUCAAGUAGAAGAUCAGCAGUUCAAGCCUACCUGAGACCCUUAUCAAAUAAAAUAAAAUAAUGCAUUAUUACCUACUUGCCAAUUUUAGCUAGAUUCCUAAACCCUUUCUAUGUAACCAAAGAAGAGCCAUGCUCCUCACCACUGAAACCGGUUUGUCCUCUGCUCAGGUACUCUGAACCUUUCUGCACUGCUGCUGGGAUGAGUUACCAAGUGUGGAGUGGAGAGUGGGCAGCU